AUGUGUUUUUCAAAAAAAUAUUUGUGUAUAAGACAUAUAGUUGUAAAAAAUAAAACCAUUUGUUUUUUUCAGGAAGUCCUGAAACAAAAUAAAAGCUUUUUAAAAAUAUUAUGUUCUAAGCGCUUCCUUGUUCCAAUUCUUGGAAUACUUUAUAUCAUUUUAAAUGGUAAUCUUACAUAUAAUGCAAAUUCAACUUCUAGAUUACAAUUUACUGAUAGAUGCUCCAGAAAUUUAUAUGGAAAACAAUUAUCAAAAAAACCAUAUAUGCACUCUGGAUAUCCAGUAGUUAUAAGUCAAGUAUUUGGUUUACCCAAAGAAAAAUCUACUUUUAACUUAGAAUGUACCCCUGAUAUUGAUUAUACAAAUAUUUUGGGUUUUAAUGAGAAAUUGAUGAAUGACGCAAAUAGAUAUAAAUUUAAUAAUAACUAUGAAGUAAUUCCUCAUGUAAAUGAAUUCCAACCACUAAUCGUAGAUGAUGAACUUUCUGAAUACAACCAAAAGGUUGAUAACAUAGGAAGUAAUGGAGAAGAUAUUAUAAAAGCAAUGCAAACUUUAUGGAAUGAAAUAAUGGAUAUUAAUAAAAAAAAAUAUAAUAUGUUAAAAGAAGAAUUACACAAAAAAUACCAUGAAUAUAUGAUUGAAUAUAAUAUGCCAAACGAAGUUUACGUUAAAAAAUGGAGACAAUGCCUAAAUAUUAUCAAACAAGGGGGACAUAAUCUUGAAGAAAGAUUGAACAAACAAUUUGAUAAUUGGUACAAACAGAAAUGUUUAUAUCUUGAAGAAUAUAGAAGGUUGACUGUUAUGAAUCAAAUCGUUUGGAAAGCAUUAUCAAACCAAGUUGAAUAUUCUUGUAAAAUAAUUAUGACCGGUGAUACGACUUCAUUUAAACGUAUAAAUGAAUUCAAAAUAAUCAAACUGAAGGAAGAAGAAGCUGCUCAGAAAGAGAAAAGGAGAAAAGAACAACAAAAGAAAAAAAAACGUAGACGUAGUAUAUUGUUUUGUUGUGCGCAAGAUAAACAAAAAAAUAAAACACAAGAAAAUUCCUUUGAAAAUAUUGGAGAACAUCAAAUAAAUGAAUAUGGUGAUAUAUUGCCUUCAUUAAAAGUUUGUGUUAAUAAUUUAGCUAUUAAUUAUCAUGAUACCGUAAAAGAUGGUGAAUACUUGGACCAUGAUUCAUCAGAUGCUCUGUAUACAGAGGAAGAUUAUUGGUUCGAUUUAGAAAAACGGACCCAUAUCAACACAAUUAAUCAAAGGGAAGAACAAAAACGUCAAUCACAACAAGAACAAAGACUAAAUGAAAAUAAAAUACAGGAUCAAAUACAAGAAGCAACCAAUACUAAACAAGAAAAUAUUUCAGAGCCAUCUAAAAAAGAUGAAAAAGAAUCAGAAGUAGAUAAAAUAAUAUUUCAGCCUGAUACAAGAUUUUAUGAUAUAUUAGAUGUUGAUAUUAAUGCAGAUAUGAAUGAAAUUGAUAAAUGUUAUUUUAAAUUAGCCAAAAAAUAUUACCCAAAUAAUGAAUCAACAUUUGAAGAUCGAAUAAAAUUUAAAGAAAUUAAUGAAGCAUACCAAGUAUUAGGAGAUAUUGAUAAGAAAAAUAUAUAUAACAAAUAUGGAUAUAAUGGUAUAAAUAAUGUUACCUUUAUGCACCCAUCAUUGUUUUACUUUUUUUCAUGUUUAAAAAAAUAUGAAUAUUAUACUGGAAUACCUCAUAUAAUAAAUAUUUUGAAAUUUUUAUUUGAAAAAAAAUUAUCCAUGGAUGAUAUAGAAACCAAAUCUGAAUACAUUUUGCGUUUUAUGAAUGAAUAUCAAAAGGAAAUUGAAGCUAUGAUAUCUUUACGGUUAACAGAUAAAAUAAAACAAAAUAUUGAUGGUAUUGAUAAUUGGAACACACUAAUUAUAGAUGAAUUGAAGGAAUUAUUAGAAUCUCAUUUCACUUUACCAAUUUUAGAUUCUAUGGCAUAUAUAUUUAGAAACGUUUCUCAAUGCUAUUUAAAAAACCAAGAAAAAGCAAAAAAGAAAAUCGAAAGAAGAUUCAAAAAAAAUAAAUUAAAAUCUACAUGUGCUUAUAACGACUUAAGAUGUACACUUAAAGCAUAUUUCAAAACUAGAAAUCAAGUGAGUUCAGUUACAUAUAAGUUAGAAGAUAAUAAAAAACAAAAUUAUAAAUAUAAGGGAUAUAAAAAUAUUAUUGAUUUAGAGGAUGAUACGAAGUACAAAAUAAUAUAUUCAAUGGUUAAAAAUAUACUAAAUAUAGCUUUAUCUGAUAUGGAGUAUACAUUUAGAACCGUCUGUAAAAGUAUAUUAAAUGAAGAAGGAAUAGAUGAUACAACUAUAACGAAUAGGGCUGAAGCAUUGAAUAAAUUAGGGAAUAUAAUCAGACAAAAAAUAUUAAAAGGCCAAAAUAUUAAAAAAAAUAAAAAACACGAUAUUCAAAACAUUACUAAUAAUAUUUUAAACGAUAUAAGAACAAUGAAUGAAUUAUUAAAAUGA